AUGAUCUCUGAUACUGCGUCCAUCUGUUUACGUUUACUCCAAUACUGCUGCAGGAACUGGGAGAUGAAGUCCUCCAGGCUAUUGAUAUCUCGCAUCCGGCUCUGGAAAAACAUCAGCGGCUCGCCGAGUAAUAGACUGGACAGUUGGAAGCGCCAUACUAACCAAGAGGUUGGUGGCGGCUGGCAGUUGACUGGUCACGUCGGAUGGCAACUGGGUGGCGGCACUCUCCGUUCCCUCGGCGACGCUUGGAGCGAUCUGCGAAGACGCCGGUACCGGGUUGGACGCCCUCACUCCCUCAUCUCCCUCAGCCGGACUCUCAUCAGAAUUAAUCGCAUCGACGACGUUAUCAAUCUUCGUAGAAGACAAUUGGGCCAAGUUUUGCGGGUCGAAAUUGAUGGAGCAAAUGCUGCCUCCCUCUCUCUCUCGUGGGGUCUCCGCGACAUUGUCCUGUGGUUGUUGAUUGGCCGGUGUCAUAGCUACAUAGUUUUGGGGGUGGUCGCUGAAGUAGGAGAUUUGCGACAUCUCCAACGCAGUCAGCUCCCAACAGUUUACAGCUCGUCGUUCGCGUGCCAGAGUCGCAGUGCACGCUUCAGUCCCCUCCACGCGGUGGCGGCGUGCAAAUUGCAGCGGCGUGCUCCGUACGGUCCCUUCCUUGCCACUUGCCAGACCGGUCUGCCUGUGCUAUGCUAUGCCCCAGCCACAUUAAUUAAUCGCUCCUGA